GCUAUUUCCGGGCAAAAGUUCAUUUUUCUGGUACAUGUAGAGAAAAAGUAGAAGAGGGGAAGCAGCUAAUCCAAUUAGGUUUGUUAGAAGUAGGAAAGGUUCAAAUAGCAUGAAGCACGGUUUGUCUUGGGGUUAUUGGCUGAGGUGUCUCUGUUUGUUGGCAGAAAUUCUUAAGAGUAUUAAACUAAGAGUGAACAAAAGAUUCUAAAAGCGCUUAAAUAAAAAACGGAAACUUAAGGAAAGAGAAAAACCAUCAAAAAACAUGGAUUUCUCUUUCUUAACACCAUCAAAGCCAAAAUCGGAUCAAAGCUCCGGGAUUGAAUACAAGGGAUAAUUGCCGCUUGCCCGACAGUCUUUUUCUCCUCCCACAUUUUCCUCCUCCUCUACCUAGCAUCGCAUCAACAUUUCUUCACCUUUUCGGGUCGGAGGAGAGAAAAUGGGAGGAGUUUUGACCGCUUGAGCCAAGAAGAUGGAGAAGAAGAAGUCUAGUCGACCCCGACCACAAAGUCUAGUUCUAGUGUAUCUAUCGCUUCUGUCGAGUCAAUGACAAGCACAAGUUCUCUUCUUUGGCUAAUAUUUGUGUUCCAGCGUAGCGUAAACUUUUAGUCUUCAGCCAGCCGCAGUGCCAAGGCAUCCUAGUUUCUUGUUCCACAUUGGUACUGUGAUUCAAGUACCAACACAUCCACGAUGCCUUGUUUGAUUCCAUGCUUUUACGCAUUACUGCUCUUGUGCAAGUUCACUACUUCAUCGGCCUGGUCUUGGAAUAACCUUUUGAUGACAAGCACCAGGAUCAAUUUGGGAAUGGCGGAAUCGGUUGCGGCUGGCGCUGAACUCGCCAUGGCCGAGUGCCAAUAUCAAUUUCGAUGGGAACGUUGGCCAUGUCCACGCAGCGCCUUCACUAAAAAGAAAGUGUUUCGUUCUUUGAUUCGAGAAUCGGCGGCCCUUCACUCAUUCCUUUCUGCCGGAAUCACAUACACGUUGACGCGUAACUGCUCUCGUGGCCAACUGGAAGGAUGCGGAUGCGCCACGAUUUCUUCUCAGCAUCCAAACGAAUCUCCUUCUAGCACUUGGCGGUGGGGAGGAUGCAGCGACAACAUCAAGAUGGGCGAACAAUACUCUGUGCGUGUGUUGGAUUCUCUCGAGUCUGGACAAGAUGCCCAAGCUUUAGCUAAUUUGCACAAUAAUUUCGCUGGCCGUCUGGCUGUUCGACAUUCAAUGCGCCAAUCGUGCAAGUGCCAUGGAGUGUCCGGCUCGUGUGCCAUGCAGACUUGUUGGAUCCAAUUGCCUCCAUUCCGAACAGUCGGCCAGGCCCUGAAACGACAGUAUGACACCAGUGCGAGGGUUGGCUACAGCAACGGCAUCCUGCAGAUCGACGGCAGCAGCUCAUCAGCUAACGGCGCCAAGACCUCAUCGGGCUCUUCACAAAUUCUGCGCGUCUCGCCACAAACACUCGUCUAUUUGGAACUGUCGCCCGAUUUCUGCCGAGCCAACAUUACGGCUGGAACAAGUGGUACGAAAGGUCGGACUUGCUCCCGAGAGAAAGGUAAAGGCCUGUCGGUUUCACAGCGUCGCAGCUGCAUCCACCUGUGCAAAAACUGUGGCCACAAGGUAAAGAAGCGCGUCGUCUCCGUUCUAACAUCUUGCAACUGCACUUUCCAAUGGUGUUGUCAAGUCCAGUGUCAAACGUGCAACACAAACAAGACUGUUUACUCUUGUGCUUGACGUGUCAUAUCCGUGACAAUCAACAUACGUCAUAGUAUAAAUUGAAGACAUCCCAAAUGUACAGAUAUAUUUCACUGAUAAAAUGAAAAGUUCCCCUCGGUUUUGAGAGACAAAAUGUAUAUAUUCCAGAUGGCUGGCUUACAAAAUAUCCUAUCAGUUUUAGAGUCUGUAGGCCUAUGUUAAAAAGAAAAUGAAAUAGGACCUAGGCGGACACCUUUUAACUUGCCCAACCCAACAUAUGUGCCGUUAUUUUCUAACUUUGUCGUGAUUAUUGCCUUUGUUUGCCAAUGAAUUUGUUUUACAAGCUUUCCUGCCAACACGUAUCAUGUGCCGGCUUGA